CAGGAGCAUCAGCAGACACCUGCAAGGAGGACAUCCCAAUCUGCUCUCCGCCUGCUGCAGAGAUGGUGCAAGCAACUCCCUUCCUCCUGGUGCUCUUCCUGGCCCUGGGGGCUCACGGCCUCUCUGUGAAAAAGUGCUCCCUGACCGGGCGCUGGGUCAAUGACCUGGGCUCCAACAUGACCAUCAUGACGGUGAAUGCAAAUGGUGACUUUGCUGGCUCCUACCACACGGCUGUGACAGCCACCUCGAAUGAGAUCAAGCUGUCACCACUGAAGGGGACCCUGCAGAAGAGCCCUAACCAGAAGGGCCAGCCCACCUUCGGCUUCACCGUCAACUGGAGCUUUUCAGACUCCAUCACGGUUUUCACGGGCCAGUGCUUCGUGGAUGAGGAUGGAAAGGAGGUGUUGAAGACCAUGUGGCUGCUGAGGUCACAUGUGGAGAGCAUCAAAAGUGACUGGAAAGCCACCAGGGUCGGCAUCAACGUCUUCACCCGCCUGCCCACACAGGAGUGAGAGUGGUGCCGGGGGGUUCCCAGGCAGCAGCAGUGCCAGGGCUGUGCCCCCUCUCCUGCAGCACCACCUGCUUUCCCCAAUAAGGCUUCGCUGCAAAUACAGCCUCCUGUCAUGUUGCUGCAAAACAUGGGAUCAAUAAAACGUUAAAAAGA